CCUGGAAUCAUCUUUUAGGACUCAAUCACCAAGCAACAAGCAACAUGGUCAGUUUUGAGGAAGCCGCCGAAUUAGCCAAGAACUUCGCCAAGAAGCCCAGCGACUCCGAGUUUCUGGAGUUCUACGGCCUCUUCAAGCAGGCAACCGUCGGCGAUGUUAACAUCGAGAAGCCCGGCGUUCUGGAUCUCAAGAAGAAGGCUAUGUACGAGGCCUGGAACUCUCAGAAGGGUCUCUCCAAGGAAGCCGCAAAGGAGGCCUACAUCAAGGUCUACCAAAAGUACGCUCCCAAGUACGCCUAAACGCCACGUUUAAGGAUUAAUCUGACAGGAUAAAAUAAACUCGUAAUCUUACCACAAAAAUCAAA